AUGGGAAAAGCUGGUCGUGUCGCGUGUAUCUUCACGCCCUAUGUCUUGACCAUCGCAUCAUUGAUCUGCAUCAUUUUGGUGGGAUUGGGCUGCACAAAAGCCAGUUCUUCGACCUUGAAUAAUCUAUACUUCAUUCGUCUCGACCUCUCGAACAUAAGUGAAGGAUCGGCACUUACAUCAGAAAUCACAGAUCGCCUCAGUGCUGCCGGUAUCACUGAUGUCACUGCGGAUGAGGUCUCGGAGACCAUCGAAACACUGCAGGCUGAUGCCAAUAUUUCUGAUUUCUACGACAUCGGUCUCUGGGGUUACUGCGAGGGAAAUAUCACCAACAGCACGGAUACCGUCUCCAGCUGCACAGACCCCAAGGCCGAGUUCUACUUCAACCCGUCUACAAUCCUAGGAGUGAGCGAGACCGAGCUUGAGAAGGAGAUUGGCAGCGACCUGAAGAAGACCAUGAAAAUUUACAAGGCUGUCUCCAAGUGGAUGUUCAUUGCCUACCUAGUCGCGUUUAUUGCCACUUGCGCCCAGGUCCUGCUUGGUAUCUUCGCCAUCUUCAGCCGCUGGGGCAGCUGCGUCACCACGAUUGUCUCGAUUGUUUCGUUCCUCUUCACCCUUGGCGCAUCGCUUACCUCGACUAUCAUGUUCUCGAUCGCAAAAAGCUCCCUCGGCACAGUCCUCGAGGUCUAUGGUAUCGAUGUAAGCCUGGGUAAGAACAUAUACGCCGCCACCUGGCUCGCAGUCGCUUUCUCUCUGGGAGCCACCUUCUUCUGGAUGCUCAGCACCUGCUGUUGCUCCGGCCGCUCGCCCUACGGCCACAGGGACCGCAGCCCCCGCGGCAUCACCGCAGAGAAGGCCCCCUACACUUAUGAGCCCAUCGGUGCCGCCCACCCACCCUUCGGUUCUCAGCAGCCCCUUGUUCCCCAACACGGCUACAGCACCUCUUACCCUGCUGCCACCCACAACAACGAUAUCCCCAUGACCCACAACAACCAGCAGUCAAGCGCCUACGAGCCAUUCCGCCAUGCUUAA